AUGGGGAUGUCCGAGGAUGGCAUCGACCUGUCGUUCCGCUCCAACAUACCUCCACCACUCGAUAUUACAGUGGCGGUCGUCUACACAGUUUUUGGCGUGUGUUCUCUGAUGGGAAACAGCACUUUGUUGUAUGUUUCGUACAAGAAGAAGCACCUCCUGAAGCCGGCCGAGUUUUUCAUCGUCAACUUGGCCAUCAGCGACCUGGGGCUGACCGUGUCUCUCUACCCAAUGGCCAUCACCUCCAGCAUCUACCACAGGUGGCUGUUUGGGAGGACUGUGUGCUCCAUGUACGCCUUCUGUGGCAUGCUGUUCGGCCUGUGCAGCCUCACCACGCUCACACUGCUCAGCAUCGUGUGUUUUGUCAAAGUUUGCUACCCGCACUACGGAAACCGCUUCAAAGCUCUCCACGGCGGCCUCCUCAUCGGCCUGGCCUGGCUGUACGCUCUGCUCUUUGCCACCGCCCCCCUUCUCCACUGGGGGGAGUACGGUCCAGAACCCUACGGCACGGCCUGCUGCAUCGACUGGCGCCUUUCCAACCUGCUGCCCGUGGCCCGCUCCUACACCGUGGCGCUCUUCCUCCUCUGCUUCAUCCUGCCCUGUGCUCUGAUCAUGGCCUCGUACUCCUGCAUCCUCAUCACCGUGCAGGCGUCCAGGAAGACCAUGGAGCAGCACACGCACAGGCAGACGCACAUGAGCAGCAUCCAGGCCAUCAUCGUCAAGCUCAGUGUUGCCGCAUGCAUCGGCUUCCUCACGGCGUGGAGCCCGUACGCCAUCGUCUCUAUGUGGGCCGCCUUCGGACAAGUGGACAGCAUCCCUCCUCUGGCCUUUGCUCUCCCCGCCAUGUUCGCCAAAUCCUCCACCAUCUACAACCCCGUCAUUUACCUCUUGCUCCGGCCCAACUUCCGCAAAGUGAUGCGCAGGGACCUGAGAACUCUGUACCGCGGCUGUCUGCACGGCUGCCUCUGCGUCCGGCCUGAGAUGGGAGUACCCGCCAUUCACCGGGAGAGCCCCACGGUGGACCCGGCUGCUGGUCCUCAGGGGGUGGGUGUGAAGGACCACAGCAGUAAGAAGUGCAGCGACGCUUUUGAAUGCUUCAGGCACUACCCCCAGACCUGCAGCGCCAUCGACCCAGGGAAGGACCACGACUCUCCGGCUCCUCGUGGCGGCAAAGCUCAGGGCCGUAGGAAGUGUCUGCUGUCCGUCAUGUGCGGCAAAAGGAGCUCUGAGAUAGACAACCUGCACAUUGAUCUGGAGAUGGUGCCGGGGCAGGCUAAGGUCGCUUGGCCUUGA